CGGCAGCGGCGGCGGCAUAGCCGGCUCUGCCGAGGUGACAAUGUGCUAGGAGCCCUCGUUCGGUCUCCUGCGCCUUCUCGGCCUCGGCGCCCGCUCUCGCGGCGCUCGUGGAGCCCUCUAGCCCGCCGCUGCGCUAUGAGGGCGCCUUUCCGGGGCUGGCCCAGGCCGGAGCCAGCUUGCUCCGCUCGGGGGGAAGUGUGAAGAGAGAAGCGCGGGCGGGAGCCGGGGCUGCGCGCGGCGUUCGCGGGCCGGCGCGGGUUCCAGGUGAGCGCGGGCUCGGCGCACCCGGCACUCUCGGCGCGGCCGACCGGCGCCUGCUGGGCUGGUCGGAAGCUGAAUCCCGUGUGUGGACUGCCGUUCCCUCUUCGCGGGAUCCUUGGCCACGAUAGCAGAUGCAUUUUGUAGGAGUAUUUUGAGGAUGAAUGUUUGCAAAUCAUUUUGAAAUUGCCAAACGCCACAUACAUGGGAUCCAUCCUGCUUUUAUCUUGGUGUUCACCCCUGUGGCUUGGAUUUAUCACAGUAGCAUCUGUCUUCGAUCUAUGUGUUAACUAGAAAUCAAGGGAAGACAUGAGGAGGUUUGUUUACUGCAAGGUGGUUCUAGCCACUUCACUGAUGUGGGUGCUUGUUGAUGUCUUCUUACUCCUGUACUUCAGUGAAUGUAACAAAUGUGAUGACAAGAAGGAGAGAUCCCUGCUACCUGCACUCAGGGCUGUUAUUUCAAGAAACCAAGAAGGGCCAGGAGAAAUGGGAAAGGCUGUGCUGAUUCCUAAAGAUGACCAGGAGAAAAUGAAAGAACUGUUUAAAAUCAAUCAGUUUAACCUAAUGGCCAGUGACUUGAUUGCCCUUAACAGAAGUCUGCCGGAUGUGAGAUUAGAAGGAUGCAAGACAAAGGUCUACCCUGAUGAACUUCCAAACACAAGCGUAGUCAUUGUGUUUCACAAUGAAGCGUGGAGCACUCUCCUUAGAACUGUUUACAGUGUUAUAAACCGUUCCCCACGCUAUCUGCUCUCCGAGGUCAUCUUGGUAGAUGAUGCCAGCGAAAGAGAUUUCCUCAAGUUGACAUUAGAGAAUUAUGUGAAAAAUUUAGAGGUGCCAGUAAAAAUUAUUAGGAUGGAAGAGCGCUCUGGGUUAAUACGUGCCCGCCUUCGAGGAGCAGCUGCUUCAAAAGGGCAGGUCAUAACUUUUCUCGAUGCACACUGUGAAUGCACCUUAGGAUGGCUGGAGCCUUUGCUGGCGAGAAUAAAAGAAGACAGGAAAACAGUUGUAUGCCCCAUCAUUGAUGUGAUUAGUGAUGAUACCUUUGAAUAUAUGGCUGGGUCAGACAUGACUUAUGGGGGUUUUAACUGGAAAUUGAAUUUCCGUUGGUAUCCUGUUCCCCAAAGAGAAAUGGAUAGGAGGAAAGGCGAUAGAACAUUACCUGUCAGGACCCCUACUAUGGCUGGUGGCCUAUUUUCUAUUGACAGAAACUACUUUGAAGAGAUAGGAACUUACGAUGCAGGAAUGGAUAUCUGGGGUGGAGAGAAUCUUGAAAUGUCUUUUAGGAUUUGGCAAUGUGGAGGCUCUCUGGAGAUUGUGACUUGCUCCCAUGUUGGUCACGUUUUUCGGAAGGCAACUCCCUACACUUUUCCUGGUGGUACUGGUCAUGUCAUCAACAAGAACAACAGGAGACUGGCAGAAGUUUGGAUGGAUGAAUUUAAAGAUUUCUUCUAUAUCAUAUCCCCAGGUGUUGUCAAAGUGGAUUAUGGAGAUGUGUCAGUCAGAAAAACACUAAGAGAAAAUCUGAAGUGUAAACCCUUUUCUUGGUACCUUGAAAACAUCUAUCCGGACUCCCAGAUCCCAAGACGUUAUUACUCACUCGGUGAGAUAAGAAAUGUUGAAACCAACCAAUGUUUAGACAACAUGGGCCGCAAGGAAAAUGAAAAAGUGGGUAUAUUCAACUGUCAUGGUAUGGGAGGAAAUCAGGUAUUUUCUUAUACUGCUGACAAAGAAAUCCGAACCGAUGACUUGUGCUUGGAUGUGUCUAGACUCAGUGGACCUGUAAUUAUGCUAAAAUGCCACCACAUGAGAGGAAAUCAGUUAUGGGAAUAUGAUGCUGAGAGACUCACCUUGAGACAUGUUAACAGUAACCAAUGCCUCGAUGAACCUUCUGAAGAAGACAAAAUGGUUCCUACCAUGCAGGACUGUAGUGGAAGCAGAUCCCAACAAUGGCUGCUAAGGAACAUGACAUUGGGGGCAUGAAGAUUGUUUCCCAAAGCCAUGAAAGUGUCUACACUUUUGUUUUUCCAUUAUUUCAAUUAGGGAAAGAUAUUAACUUUGCUGAAUUGAAGGUUUUAAAAUCCUUUUAGUAUUCUAAAAUACAGUUGUUUAUAAUUCAUUUUUAGGAAUGUUUGCUUAUUUCCCUACUAAAAUUUGUAUCCGAUCAAAAGAAGCACAUACAAUAUAAAUAACAGCAAACUGUUAUUAAACAUCAGAACAACUUGAAAAAUAAAUUGGGUUUGCUUUAAAACAAUAAUCUCUAUUGUCCUCAUCUCAUAAGGUCAGUCAGGGGCUUAUUUUAAUUUUUUUUUGUCAUAGUGAUUGAAAGAGAGACAGUGUAAAUGCCUUAUAAAAUAUCUUCAUUAUGAUAUAUUAUCAAUUGUUUUAAAAACUCACUCUGUUUCUAAUGGACCUUCAUGGAAACUUGUUGGAUUUCUAUGUCACCAAGGCCACAUAUUGAAUUAUUUCCGAGCAGUGAAUUCAUCGUACAAGUUUCAAUUUUGUAUGAAAAAAAUUACAUUGGAUAUUGACUUCUCAUAGAGUCCUUAUAAAAGCAUCACCGUUAAACAAAAUAGAGGAGAGUUUGAAAGUUCAAUUUCAAGUAGAUGAAAUCAGAGGAAACUAGCUAGGCAUUGAGGGGAGCAAGAUGAAGUGAAAUUGAAAAAAAACAGAUGAUUAUAAAAGACAUUCUGUUCAGGUUGUGAUCACUCCUAGCACAGGUUGAGCAUAACAAUCAUGUUGGUCCCAGAGUUGAUGCUGGAAAUUCAAUUCUUAACCACUGCCUCUGUCGAACAGAAACUAUACAGACCCUUUUCACGGUAGAGAAUGACUUAUCUCUUAUGCUGUACAGAAUUAUAGGUGAAGGGUAGAGUACUUUCCAUAAUUUUUAAUUCUUUGGCAUUUGAAGAUUCUAGUUAGGCCACUAUUACCAUUUUAAUUUUAUGUUUUAAAAAAUAAUGUGCUUCUAUCAGAAUUUCACUGCCAUCCAAUAGUAUCUAAAAUUUUCACCAGGGGAAUGGACUCAAUACACAUCCAUUAAACUUUAUUUUAAUUAAGCUGCUUAAAAUCAUUUGCCAUAAAUUAUAGUUCAAGGAAGACAAUCAUAAUUAGACCAGCUUCACAUGUUCUUUUUCCAUCUUCAAACCCUUUAUGUUCAAAAUACAUGAGUAGAAGAUGUGAAAAGGGAAGAAAAUUUAUCUGAGAUUUGUGCUAUUAAGUUUUAGGACCUGAUACCAUUUAAAAUGCUCAUAAAGUUGCACAGCGUAUGUAUCUUAGUCAUUAUAACUGCACUCAGCUGCUAAUAGAAAUUUAGGGGGAAAAUGGGAAAAGCAUCCCCUGGAGCAGAAGAUGUUACAUCUUUGGCCCUCAUUUUUUCUUUAAAAAUCUCUGAGAGAAACUUGUAAUCAGUAUGGCUACACACAAACUCUCUUUGUCUCUUUCUCCGUCUCUCUGUCACACACACACACACACACACACACACACACACACACACACACACACACACACAUACAUUGUUUUAUAAUAAAAAGGAGAACACUUUCUGAAGGCCAGUAAAAUCCUGUAUGAUUUUCCCAUCUAGCAUCCCUUUCUCUUUUGGCUGUAUACUGGUACAACUCUAAAGAAGAUUUCUACAACCUGAAGCAUUUCAGGUUUACUCCUUAAAGUGUACACACCCUCACCUCAAGCUGGCUGGGAAUCCCUGAAUCUCCUAAAAUUUUAAACAAAAGUUUGAAUGUCAGGGCAUAUGGUUUUGAGGAAAGAAUCUGUAGCUUCCAGCAAACUUCAAAGGAAGCUAUGACUCCCGAGAGCUAUUGAACCACUGCCUUAAAUUGAUAGUGGCCUCACAAGACAACCCAAGGUUUGGCUUAACAAUCACAUUUUCCAUUUUGCUCUCUUUUCUUCCUGUGCUGACUAAAAUACAGUAAAAUGUCCCUGCACAACAUUCUUCCUUAAAGCAGAAAAGCUCAAACCCUCAAGGACUCUUUUAUACUAUCUGUUCCACUUAUUGUGGAUUUGUCAAUCAAAAUGCUUAUAUUAUCUACAAAAUGGUCAAUGACACAUUUUUUUAAUAUACAGCUGCUCCAUGGGAACUGAAUUUGACACAUUUCAGCAACACUUUAAAUAUUUCAAAGUCCAUUAUGGUCAUAGCAACAACACAGGAAAAAUUAAAACUGUGUAAGUUUCAUGCCAGAGAUUUUCAAAGAACCCUCAGAUGGUUUAAACACAUUGUGUUAGAGUGUUUAAUAAACAAACAAAAAAAUGCCAUAAAAUAUAAAACACCAAAACCCAGAAAGCAAUGACUAACAUUCAGUUUAAGCAAAAAAAUCUACUGUAUUCAGCACAGAACAUUAAAAAUGAUGAUUGGCUUCACGGUGCAUUCAUCUUAUCCGUGGGGCUAGACUAACAAAUAUUUCAAAUGAUUGCAAACUUCCCCUUCUGAUGUUUUCCCCACAGCAGAGUUAUUGCCAAUUCCAUCUUUCCAGAUGUCAAGAUCAAAAACCUCAAGUCACUUUUGAUUCCUCUGUUUUUCUCUCCACUUUCAUCUAAUCCAUCAGUAAAAUCCCUUGAUUCUAUAUUUGAAAUAUAACCAGAAGCCAACGACUUCCCACCGCAUCCACUGUGUACCACCACCUCUAGCUUUUUAAACUGUGGUAUGCUUAUAAUUUGGUUCCCCUCAUUUCCCAACCCUUGCCUCCAACAGCAUUUAUCAGUUACAGCAGCCGUAGGGAUUUUGUUAAACAUCAAUUUGAUUGUGUCACUUCUUUGCUCACCACCCUCCAAUGACUUUCCAUGUCUCUCUAACCAAAUUUCUUACAUUGGUCUUGAAGGUCCUUGGUGAAUGACACGGCUCUCCUCAAGCACAUGCGCGUGAGCUCCCCCCCCCGCCCCCCUCCUUUGCAUACCCAGCAAGCGCUCCUUUCUUACUGCAUGUCCUCAUGCUGCCCCUCACGUGCUCCACUCUGGCUGCCAAGGAGGUUUUUGUCUUCUUGUUUUGCUCCCUCUGUCCCACAGAGUUCUCUCACCUCACUUUCUUUAGGUAGCUGUCCAAAUAGUCUCAUCGGUAAGGCAAACCCUUCUCCCUCGUACCCUCCCUCUUCCCUGUAUGUUCUCUGACAAACUAAAAAUGUGUUUUUUUUCCUAUCUACCCUUCCACCUCUGCCCCCUUCCCAACAUUCUCAUCACACACCCUAGAAUGUAAGCCCCAUAAAGGCCAGGCUUUGCCAGUUUUAUUCACUGUGGUAUCCCCAAGCAUCUAAUAUAGUUCUGGGCACAAAGUAAGUAUUCUUUAAAUAUUUCUUGAAUUAAUGAACUGAAAAAUGGGUGUUAAAGUUGCUAAAUGCUACUGUAGCAUAUCUUUUUCUUUUGCACUGUAUUUUAAAAUUUUUAAAUAAAAUCUAGUAAUAUAUUUAGACAAGAUUUGCAUAACUUUGUCUCCAAAUGAUAAUUUUCUCCCUAAUAUUCUUUACAUUAAAGUAGGGACUACAUUUUGUUCUCUAUGGUAAAAUAGCCUGCCUUAUGGAAGUGAAAUAUGACAUUUUAUAAACAUGCUGCUCUAUUAUAUAAGUUGCUUUAUGAAGAUAAAAUUUUUAUUUUUACUUUUUGGUUGUAUUCAAUGGCUACCUGAAGGAGUGAGAUUUUUUUAUUUUUAGAGUGGAGACAUGUCAUCCUCUUAAAAGUCAUAUGUAUUUUCAGUUUCAUAGAAGCUAUUACUAAUGUAUUUUCUAAGCACAAGUCUAUGAAUGGAACACAAACACAGUAACUUUGAGAGGAAUUUACAGAUGAUCUAUUCCUUGCUUCUCCAUUUACAAAUAAGACCAACAUCCAGAUAUGUAAUGUAGCCUGCCUAGGGGUCAGAUAACUAUAAACUGUGUUCCCAGAACUCAUCAUUCUUAAUAUAACCUAAUAUAGUCUUCAAUUAAAAAGCAUUCAAAAAUAAAGUAGAAAGGGUACAAUAAUGAGAAAAAAAGUCUUCAUUAAACAUUUUGUGCUAAGUACAUUGACUUUUUUGAGAUAUAUUACUUCUCACUGCCUUUCAUAUUUAAAUAAGAUUAGUUCUACAAAAUAAUACCAUAGGAAAUAAAGACCUGUAGCAAAAAUAAAGAAAUUAACAGGAAACAGCAUGAUUACAGAGCAUCCUGGCAUUACUGGCCAAAAUGAGUUUCAGGGAAGCAAAGCCUCUUAAGCAGUAACUAAUGGAGCAUACCUUCCCCUCACUUCUAUUUUCCAUAUAAUUAUGUUCAAGUUAAAAAUGAUUGGCCUACAGCUUGCACAGAGCAUUAGACCAUCUACUAUUGUGAACACUGGAGAGAUUCUAGGCUAUGCAGGUUUAAAGACUACAGGGUAAUCAGCAGAGACUUCUAGGCUUCCCAGUGGAGCUCUCUAGACUCCAGGAAACACAACCCAUAAAUUCAAUUUUGCCAGGGUUCUUAGAAAGAGCCUAAUAAAUAAAAAGGGGGAAAAAAAGCAAAGAGAGAGAGAGAGACGGAGAGAGAGAAAGAAAAAGAGAAAGAGAAAGAAAGAAAAAAGAACAACUAGAGUAGAACAACAGGCAUGAUUUUACCUUUCAUUUUGUGGGAAGUUAAGAGAGUAGUAUGAAUUGGUUCAGUAAACCUUAAAAUAUUGCCUGCCCACUUACAAUAUAUUUUACCACUUGAGAAAUGAUGAUCAUAUGUGAUCACAAACAUUUUAUUUGCAUCUUAUUUAUAGAUGUUCGGUCUAGUCUCAGAUGAGGCAAAACUUAUACGCAUUCAUAAGUCAUAAAGUAUGCUAAUUUAACAAAUAUGAAGAAUUCAAGAAAUUCAAGAUCUUAAUGGAUGUGUCAUCAUCCACAAGCUGUCUUUCAGCUGUUUGCGGAUAUCUGUAAACUUUGAAUAAAUUUCCAAUUCAGAUGGACGGCAAAAAUUCAAUUAAGUCUUAAAGCACUUUGUUUUUCAAGAUUCAGCCACUACCCACCAUUUUUUUCUUAUUUUUCCCGCAAUAUGUCUAAGCAUGGAAUCGGUAAAAUCAGCACUCUUCUGUAUAGCACAUGAACACAUCUGGUGUGACUACACCAUGCUCGAACUAUUAAGUAUCAACUAUUGUAGGAAUUAAGGUGGUGAAUGAGCACCAGCAAUGUAUUUUAAAUAGUUUGUGUACAUUUGUGUCCAACUUUUGUUUCAUAUUGUUCAAUAAAUUCUAAAGGCAAUUUUCAUUGUAUGUGUUCAAAAAAUCUCUCUGAAAACCUAGUGAUGCAGGGCAGCUCUUUUGUUAACCAUCUUUUAAGAUAAAGACCAUUUCUAUGUUAACCAAUGUCAUCGUUAUAUAAAAUUAUUUUGUUUUUGUUUUUAUCUAGGGAGAACAAAUCACUUAACAUCUGGUUUUUAAUGAGUUCGAAUGAGAAUGGAACAUUAGAUGAUUAAGGCUAUAUCUAUAAUGGUUUAAAAAAUGAAAUUUUCAUCAUGCGUUUAAUUUGGUGUAAAAAUGAACGUAAGCUGCUGCUUGGUUUCAGUUGUACUUUCUGCUAAAAAUAGCACAAGUGAAAAAUAACUUGAUGAUUAUAUGAUUUUUCUUUUCUUUUGGAGCUUUUGUUUUUUCACUGAGUGUAGCCACAGCUAAAGCAAAGUAAUUUCAAAAGUCUUUUAGAUAUAUGCUUGGCACACCGUUCUUUUAACAUUUAUAAAAGUAGCUUGUGCAUAAAGAAUUACACAUUUUAAAUAUUGUAAGCAUUACUAAAUGGUAUAAUUGUUCUUUUGCUAUAAAUUUAAAUAUUUAUAUGUUUUUGUAGAAUUAAAAAAUAUCAAUUUAG